GGUGUUUUCAACGUGCGAGACUGAAAGGCCAUGCAUGCUUAAUUACGAUCACACCUGCUAAGCAAAAAAAAGGGUGCCAUAACGGUGAAUUAUCCUGACUAGGCAAAAACGACAUGAAAACAUGUGCAGACUGUCAGGCUAAAAACACCAGCGGUCAUGAUACUAGAAAAUCGGCCUAAAGACAAGAAAACAUACGGUCAGAACGUGGUGAUUUUUCCUGAAUGGCAAAACAAUGGCACAAAAUAUGCUUAUCAGGAAAUCAGCCGAAACAAAACAGGAGAUAACAGACGGAAAGGGCGAGAACCUGGAUUUUUUUUUCCGCAAUAAAACACUGUCUGAGAACGGUGCACCGGGAGCAUGAUAUCAAAAAAUCAAGCGGCAAAUAUUAGCUGUUUAGACGCUCUACAAAAAUCUUACUACAAAUUUUUGUUUUUUGAGGGAGUAAAAUACAUGAUGCACUGGGCUGCUUAAAAUAAAUUAAAGGUUUAAGCUAGCGGAUGUUUGUUCAAUCCUCCGAAACAUGGAGGAUGCGAUCUCCAAGAAGCCAUUAGGAUUUGUUUUUUCUUCCUAUGGAACAUUCGGCAGUCAAUUUCCAAGAAAAAAUUCGAAUCCAACAGUUUUUUUUUCCUUUUUUUUUUGUUUGUGUCUAGAUAACUCAACUCUAUGUUUCAGUUCUUCGGUCUAAAAUUGGCCUAAAAUUCCUGGUUCCAACCGUAAAAAUAAUCCCAAGGAUCGCCUCUUCCUUGCCCACUUUUAUGCCUAAAUUGAUCGUUUCGUAUGGCUCUAGGCCUAAAUUGAUCAAGGAAAGGGAAGAUUCCUGUAGAAAUUCUUCAAUCCUCAGACUUUUAUGGCUCCAAGCAUAAAGUUUGGAAUAACUAAAGAUCCUCACUUCUCACUAGGCAUGCGGGGCCCACCAGCCGGUAAUUAACGCUGGGAGUAAGUUUAUCUGAAAAUGUAAAGAUUUUAUUAUUACUGAACUACUACAAUCAAGGCCAAAUAGCAUCCAUCUCUUGCAGUUGUUCAUUGGGCUUCUGAUGAUAUUUUCAAAAAGGUCAGAGGGAAGAGAAAAGUGAUCAGACAAGUGUACAGCAAAGAUCAGUUGUGAUCGCCGUCCUGUCCUUUGUCCCUCUUGCCUAAUGACCAACUAACCAGCCGGACAGACAGACAAACAAACAAAAAACUUCACAAACUUACCCCUCCCUUCCUCGCUUUCAUCUAUGCUCCAAUUUUCUUUGUCCUCCUCUCUGCAACAAGGCCUUAAACAAACGACCAAAUUACUCCAGAGCAACAGCAGCGGUGCAGCAGCGGUCAUCCCAACGCCAUCAGCAUCAUCCAUGUCGCCCUCAGUCGACGAACAGAGCUAGGCAGACACUGGAGAUUUGCAAAUUUGCCCAUGCUUGAAGCAGCAGCAGCAGCAGCAGCGAGGAGGGGAGCGACCACAAGAUGAUGGUGCCAUCGUCGGAGGCUGAGCUGCCGACAUCGACGCAGCAGCAGCCCAAGCGGCUCUACCAGGCGUGGAAGGGGAACAACAUAUUCCUGUGCGGUGGACGGCUCAUACUCGGGCGGGACGCGCCCUCCCUGCUGCUCACGACGUUCCUCAUCGUCGGCCCCGCCAUCGUCUUCUGCUAUCAUAUGCAAUCCAAGUACCUCCGCUCCAGCGUGCAACAGGAGAUGCACCGGGCUGCGCUGCUGAUUGCCAUCAUCGUGACACUCGUGGACAUGUUCUUCCUGUUCAUGACAUCAGCCAGAGACCCGGGGAUAGUGCCAAGGAACACGAGAGCGCCGCCGCCUGAGGCUGACGAACGGCACCUCCCCACCACACCGUCAAUGGAAUGGAGCGUCGGGGGCACCCCGCGGAUGAGAUUCCGUAGGACAAAGGACGUCAAUGUCAAUGGCUUCACGGUGAAGCUCAAGUUCUGCGAGACCUGCCUAAGGUACCGCCCACCACGAUCCUCGCACUGCUCCAUCUGCAACAACUGCGUCCAGAAGUUUGACCACCACUGCCCAUGGGUUGGCCAGUGCAUUGGACUCAGAAACUACCGCUACUUCUUUCUGUUUAUAGCCACAUCAACAUUCCUGUGCAUAUUCAUCUUAAUCUUUUCAUGGCUGGAUGUCUAUGGCGAAAUGGAAGAUAAAGGUAGCUCUUUCUGGAAGGCCUUGCGCAAGGAAGUGUACUCUUUUGUGCUAAUCAUCUAUACUUCCAUUGUCGUAUGGUUCGUUGGUGGCCUCACAGUAUUGCAUCUGUAUCUUAUCAGUACUAAUCAGACAACAUAUGAAAACUUCAGAUACCAUUAUGACAAGAAGGAUAACCCUUACCGAAAGAGCAUUAUAAAAAACUUUGUUGAAGUGUUCUUUACCAAGAUCCCUCCUCCGCUGAAUGAUUUCCGUUCACGGGUAGGUGAUGGUGCAUUGGAAGAUGGGUUCUACACUCCGUACAUUGGGUUGGAUGUGACUGGUGGUACAAGGGAAAAGAUUGACAUAGAGAUGAGAGAGAAGGAUGUAAACGUCGGGGGUAUGCAGAUUCCAGCAGUACUUCAGAACAUAGACUAUGGUUCCUUUGAAGAGGGUUCGUAUGACAAGCACAGGAAUGAAGACAAAAAUUCAGUGCCUUUUGCUUCAGAUUGGGCGCAACAAGGAACUGAAGGUGCUGGGACAUCUGUAGCAGCUACUGCAGCAUGUAAGGAAGAAACUAGCGAGGACGAAGCUAAGGAAAUUAGUAGUUUAAGUACAAAUUCCGCACGAACAUCUACAGAAGGUAACACAACUGACGACGAAAUAGGUCACGCUAAAGAAAAUAAUACUCCAGAUACAAAUUAUGUCAAGUCCUUGAAGGACAUGAGCUGAUAUGUAUUACUAUUACUCAUAUAUUUUGGGGAAUUUGUCCAUAGAUAUGGCCCUGUGAGUUGGUACCAUUCUUUACAAUUUAUAUUAACAUGUAGAAAAAGAAAGUAAAGGACUAUUUAAUUACCUCAGUAAAUGCUUUAAAAGAGAGAGUUGGACUGAAGUAUUGUCUACAUAUCCCAUUAUAUUGUUUCUACAUUACUUUAUCAGAUAUUCAGAUGUUGCUA